GCCUCCUCGCUGACACCUUCGUUGGUACCCCUGCCCGGCGGCUGCCCCCAGGCUUCCAUCACCCUGGGCCCCUAGAUCCUCAAAGGUUGGAGGAGACAACGUUAAAGGCACAGAGUUUAUUGGGGAGUCUGGCCCCAGGACCCGCGAGUUCUCAGCAGGUGGGGCGGCGCGGGUGGCGCUCCUGGCCUCCGAGCGGUAGGGGGCGCUGUGCUUCGGCGUGGCCUCUGGGGAACGGGGCGCACACAGCGCAGACGCACUCGGGACUGCUUCUGCGUCUCCACGUGUGAACUUUCCCGGCACGUUUUUGAGAAAAAUGCCCAAAUUCAAGGCGGCCCGCGGGGCCGGGGGCCAGGAAAAACACGCGCCCCUUGCCGAGCAGAUUCUGGCCGGCGACGCGGUGCGGGCAGGGGCCCGGGAGAAGCGGCGCGGUCGCGGGACCCAAGAGGAGGAAGAAGAGUAUGUGGGGCCCCGGCUGACCCGACGGAUUUUGCAGCAAGCGCGGCAGCAGCAGGAGGAGCUCGAGGCCGAGCAUGGGACUGGAAGCCGGCCCGCGGCGCCGCGGGAGCGCAUCACGCGUCUGGGUCCAGGAGUGCCGCAAGAUGGAUCAGAUGACGAGGACGAAGAGUGGCCCACCCUGGAGAAGGCUGCCACAAUGACAGGGGCCGGCCAGCAUGCAGAGGUGGUUGUGGACCCUGAGGAUGAGCGUGCCAUUGAGAUGUUCAUGAAUAAAAACCCUCCUGUCAGGCGUACCCUGGCUGACAUCAUCAUGGAGAAGCUGACUGAGAAGCAGACGGAAGUUGAAACGGUCAUGUCCGAGGUGACAGGAUUCCCUAUGCCCCAGCUGGACCCACGGGUCCUAGAGGUCUACAGAGGAGUCCGGGAGGUGUUAUCCAAGUACCGCAGUGGGAAGCUGCCCAAGGCAUUUAAGAUCAUCCCUGCACUCUCCAACUGGGAGCAGAUCCUCUAUGUCACAGAGCCUGAGGCCUGGACCGCUGCUGCAAUGUACCAAGCCACAAGGAUUUUCGCAUCUAACCUGAAGGAACGCAUGGCCCAGCGCUUCUACAACCUUGUCCUGCUCCCCCGGGUACGAGAUGAUAUUGCUGAAUACAAACGACUCAAUUUCCACCUCUACAUGGCACUCAAGAAGGCUCUUUUCAAGCCUGGAGCCUGGUUUAAAGGGAUCCUCAUUCCACUGUGUGAGUCCGGCACCUGUACCCUCCGGGAAGCCAUCAUCGUGGGUAGCAUCAUCACCAAAUGCUCCAUUCCUGUGCUGCACUCCAGCGCGGCCAUGCUGAAAAUUGCUGAGAUGGACUACAGCGGUGCCAACAGCAUCUUCCUGCGGCUGCUGCUGGAUAAGAAGUACGCACUGCCCUACAGGGUGCUGGACGCUCUGGUCUUCCACUUCCUGGGGUUCCGGACGGAGAAGCGUGAACUGCCCGUGCUCUGGCACCAGUGCCUCCUGACUUUGGCCCAGCGCUAUAAGGCAGACCUGGCCAUGGAGCAGAAAGAGGCCCUCCUGGAACUGCUCCGGCUGCAGCCCCAUCCCCAGCUGUCCCCUGAGAUCAGGCGUGAGCUUCAGAGCGCAGUGCCCCGAGAUGUGGAAGAUGUUCCCCUCACCAUGGACUGAGGAAACAGCCACUCAUCCUGGUUGAGGGGUGUGGGAGGACACCAGGAUCCCAGUUAAGGUGACACCGAGCCUUUACAACUGGGCAGUGAGAGCUCCUGGGCACCUGGGACCCCCCCGGUACCCUGCAGGGCGGACCGAGGGUCAGGCCGUUGUUCCUGCUCAGUUCUGGAACCUGUUUGAGAUCCACACCCCAGGAUUCCCACUGCCCUGCUGGGGCUUGGAGUUCUUUCUCCCAGGCCAUGUCAAGUCCCUGGGAUGUGGAUGAAAAGGCGGGUAUUUAUUGAGCGUCUGUGUUUUAUUGUGAUCAAUGCAGAUCUUUCUGUUUUCCCUCUUUAUCUAAAGGUAGGGAUUACUCUUCCCUGUUCCUGUCUAGGAGUGGAUUCUUACCCAGUAUACUGAGGACGCCCACCCCUAUCCUAACUCUCCAAGCUCGUUCCUCCAGGCUAUACCCAGAGUUAGCCCCUAGGGGGCUCGUCUCUGCCUUUCCCCACUACAGGCUGCUUUGGGAGAAUGCCAGGAACCAGGAGGUUCAAAAGAAGGCCCGUCUCAGCUGUGGGUGGAAGAGCUAGAGGAGAGGGCCCCUAGAGCCAUGGUCAGCAAACUGCAGCUCGCGAGCCACAUGCAGCUCUUUGGCCCCUUGAGUGUGGCUCUUCCUAAGCCUUAGGAGUACCCUAAUUAAGUUAAUAACAAAGUACCUACCUAUAUAGUUUAAGUUUAAAAAAAUUUGUCUCUCAAAAGAAAUUUCAGUCGUUGUACUAUUGAUAUUUGGCUCUGUUGACUAAUGAGGUUGCCGACCACUGCCAUAGAGCAAGCAUGUCAAACUCAAAGGCUGACAUGGGCCAAAUAAGGUAGGCCUUGGCCUACGAGCCACGAGUUUGACAUGCUUGCCCUAGAGGGAAGUGGAAAUGCAAAGGCCAGACAGAUCAGAGAAUAUUGGUUGUGCCCAGGAUAGUUAGAGCUGGAUCACCACCAGACACGUUCCCUUUCUGGCUGAGAGCAUUAGACUGGAGGUUGGCAAACUAGGGACAUAUGCCCAUUUCUCAUGGCCAUGAACACCAAGAAUGGUGUUUACAUUUUUUAAUGGAUGGGAAAAUUUUUUUAAAGAGUAUUUUAUGGUUAAGUGAAAUUCAAAUUCCAGUGUCCAUAGUUUUAUUGGAACACAGCCACUCCCAUCUAUUUACAUGUUUCCCAUGGCUACUUUCAUGCUGCAAUAGCAGAGUACAAUCCUGGAACCCUUGUUUGCCUUUGAAAAUGUGACUUUGUUCCAACCCAAUUAACAUAUUUGGGAACAAUUUUAUCAUAAAACAAAUAGCACAUUUAUUUACAUGCAGUUUUGUCCUUGAGAAACAACACAUAAAAUCAGAAAACUGCACCAAGCUGAACCAUGCCAGAUACACAAGUGCAAGCACCUCUGACAUGUGGGUUGGGCGUCACAUCCACAACCUGCCGUCCACAUCCUCCCAACCUCUGCUUCCACAAGCAAACUUCAGGUGUUUUUGAAGAUAAAGGAAUGUUAUAUUUGUGUUUCUUAACCAUAUAGUAUAUAAAAAACUAUGCUAUCCUUUUUUUAAAAUAUAUUUUUAUUGACUUCAGAGAGGAAGAGAGAGAGAGAGAGAAACAUCAAUGAUGAGAGAAUCAUUGAUUGGCUGCCUCCUGCAUGCCCCAGACUGGGGAUCAAACCUGCAACCCAGGCAUGUGCCCUGACCAGGAAUUGAACCAUGACUUCCUGGUUCAUAGGUCCACGCUCAACUACUGAACCAAGGCAGCCAGGCCCCUCUUUUUUAAAAAACAUGUCACUCGCUGGUUUGGCUCAGUGAAUGGAGCAUUGGCCUACAGACUGAAAGGUCCCAGGUUUGACUCCAGUCAAGGGCAUGUACCUUGGUUGCCAGCACAUCCUCAGUAGGUGGUGUGCAGGAGGCAGCUGAUCGAUGAUUCUCUCUCAUCGAUGUUUCUGGCUCUAUCCUUCUCCCUUCCUCUCUGUAAAGAAUCAAUAAAAUAUAUUUUGAAGAAAUAAACAUGUCACUCAACCCUGCUGUGUGAUUGUGCAUAGAUCCAUGAACCACCUGGGUUGGAUCAGGGUUGUGGGCUUGAUCCCCAGUAAAGGGCAUGUAGGAGGCAGCCAUAGAUGAUUCUCCCAUUAUUGGCAUUUGUAUCUCCCCCUCUGAAAUAAGUACUUUUUAAAAAGAAAA